UGUGUAGUAUGUACAUACACCUAGUAGUAUCGCAUAUUUUCUCUCCAUUUGAAAAUUGAUUUAGCAUUUUUAUCGUGCUCUUUUAUAUGUUACUUUUUUAAGAAAUUUUUCAAUUCUCAUUAUUAAAAAAGUGAGAUAAUAUAUUAUUAUUAAUAAAGCAGUUGAAAGAUGCAUUAAUUGAGAGAUACUUUUAUUAUAGAACAUGGAUAUACAAGAGACACAAAUUGUUAAAGAUAAUUAUUAAAAGUCUUGCAUAUAUAUGCUGGCUUAAUGAGAAAUGACAAGCUGUUUAUUGCUGCAAAAGAUUGGCAUAUAUUUGUCGAGAAAAAGUUCGCCACAAAGAUGCUGUGCAGCGAUGGAAUUCUUAGUCUGUUCUGUUUUAUCACAGCAGGCUUAAUAUCGUUUCUCCCUGAAUUACUCUUGAGAUUAGAGCUUGACAUUUAUGUUGUAUAUUUUACAAAUAUCUGGUAUUUACAUAUAAUACAGUACAUUCUCAUAAAUGUACUCGCAUGUUUGGCAUUUCGUGGCUUUGCUUAUCAAGUGGCAAUCAGAGCAUUGUUUCUUGGAUAUGUAUUUGGAAUUGGUAUUUUAAUAUCAAUCACUGCAUCGCCAUCAUGGCAGAUAUUUGGAAUUUAUAUGACAAUAUUAGCAAGUUUCCAUUAUUCUGAAUUUCUAGCUAUAGCAUGGACAAAUCCAGCGCUAUUGUCAAUCGACAGUUUUAUUCUUAACCAUAGCAUAGCAUAUGGUGUAGCAGCAAGUCUCAGUUGGAUAGAAUUUUUCAUAGAGAGGCAUUAUUUUUAUGAAUUGAAACUGCCUUCUCCAGUAUCCUAUUUUGGGUUAGUAUUGUGCGUCUCUGGUGAAAUUCUGAGAAAACUGGCAAUGUGUACUGCAAAGCACAAUUUUAAUCAUGUUGUGCAAAGUGAGAAAAAUGAUAAUCACCAACUUGUUACGCACGGUGUAUACAGUCUAUGCAGACAUCCUAGUUAUGUAGGAUGGUUUUAUUGGUCUAUAGGAACACAGUUAGUACUUCAAAAUCCAUUCUGUUUCUGUGCAUAUGCAUUGAUGUCAUGGAGAUUUUUCCAUGAUCGUGUUUUGAUCGAAGAAAUAACUUUAUUAAAUUUCUUUGGUGAAGACUAUGUUAAAUAUCAGGAAAAAGUACGUACAGGACUUCCAUUUAUUUCUGGAUAUAAAAUUAGUUUAUAGCAUCCUAUGUUGGUGUAAUUUUAUUUUUCAUCAAGUAUAUUUUUAUUUUCCAAUUUUAUUAUAACAUACAAAAAAAAAGACAUUUUAUGUUUGUAAGAAUUAAUUGGAUUAAUUAAUCAUAAUUAUUUGAACAUUUAAAAACCUUUCUUAUCUUUUUACAUAUAAACAUCAUAUAUACAUUA